CUCUCAUCGUUGCUCCGCGGUUGCACUUUUCAGGUCUAUCAUACACCCUGGGAAACCUUCCUACGAACAUCACACACCACCUCGAAGCUCCUUCUUUAACCAGUUCCCUGCAUAGAGCUUGAUCGGCUCGCCUGCUAUUCAUCAUGGCCAACGACGAAUAUGAUUUUCUCUUCAAAGUGGUGCUUAUCGGAGACUCCGGCGUCGGCAAGUCCAACCUGCUGAGCCGUUUCACUCGCAAUGAAUUCAACUUGGACUCCAAGUCGACUAUCGGUGUCGAGUUCGCAACCCGUUCUAUCCAGGUGGACUCGAAGACUAUCAAGGCUCAGAUUUGGGAUACUGCUGGUCAGGAACGUUAUCGUGCCAUCACUUCUGCCUACUACCGCGGCGCUGUCGGCGCUCUGCUCGUCUAUGACAUCAGCAAGCACCAGACCUACGACAAUGUCAACCGGUGGCUGAAGGAGCUUCGGGACCACGCCGACUCCAAUAUCGUGAUCAUGCUCGUUGGAAAUAAGAGCGAUUUGAGACACCUGCGCGCUGUACCCACGGAGGAGGCGAAGCAGUUUGCCAGCGAGAACAACCUCUCCUUCAUCGAAACCUCCGCUCUCGACGCAAGCAAUGUUGAGCUUGCUUUCCAGAACAUCCUCACAGAGAUCUAUCGCAUCGUAUCCAGCAAGGCUCUCGAUAACAGCGAGUCGGGACAGAACCCUCUCGGUGAGCGCCGCCAAGUGGUGGAGAUCAGCAAAUCCCAGGAUCCCGAGACGAAGCAGGGCUGCUGCUAGAUUUGAGAAGCACCAGACACGAGACGCUCAUCACCACGACCUUUUACACUAUUUUUGACUUCUUUUCUUUGCAACGUGAUAAUUGAAUGGUCUUUAUGUGUCCCUUUUUUGGUCUGUCCCUGGGCCUUUACGGAGAUGAUAUACAAAGAUGACUUUCCUGCGCAUCAUGGAAUUGGCAGUCAAGAGACAGAGAGAGAAUAAAAAAGGGGGCGAGACGGAUAUGGGAAACCAAUUGUUUUGCUGGACAUCAUCUACGAUCCCACAGAUACAAUAAUCCGUUGAAAGUAUCGAUCUAAUAUCUCGCUGUUCUCGAAUUGCGUCGUCUUCCUUUUCUUCCCCGCCCUUUUUUUU